UCGUGUUUCAUCACACACACUGAUUGAAUGAUCCUUGGGGUUCAGUUUAGAUAGUAUACAUGCAUGUAUGUCCUCGAUUUAGUUAGAAUGAUAAAAAAGUUUAGCUAUUUAUAUUCUCUAGGACUUCUGUUAUCUAGACUGUUGACAGACUUAUCUCGAGUUGUUCUAAAUUGAGUUAGAUCAUUUAGUCGAUAUUGAAGAAAUAAUAUUUUGACAGAGUUACCUCAGUAUCUAUUAAAUGGAGGGUUCUGCCGCAACGGCGGAAUUAUUGGCAUAACUCAACCUAGGCGUGUAGCUGCUAUUACCGUCGCAAAAAGGGUUGCUGAGGAGUGUGGAGUUCCGUUGGGCCAAAAAGUCGGGUACGCCAUUAGAUUUGAUGAUGUCACUUCCAGCUCAACAACGAUCAAAUACAUGACUGACGGCUUGUUAUUGAGAGAAGCGUUAUCGGAUCGAUAUCUCUCCAAAUAUUCAGUUAUUAUUGUGGACGAGGCUCACGAGAGAACUGUCCAAACGGAUGUUUUGCUCGGCUUGUUAAAGACAGUACAGAAGGCUAGGUCUGCCAGUGACAGCAAACAUAACGGGAUGUUGUUGGAACAAGAUAACGGUGUUCAAUGUACCGGCACACCGAAGCUCAGUCGAGGCCAACGGUUGCCCCCAGGGGAAUUGUUGUUUUUUUAA